AAGACGGGCAGCCAGGAAUUGUACUUCCUGGCUUUCGUGAGACAGGAGUUGGGCAGGAGAACCGCAGGGAAUUGCGCAGUUUUAUCCAGGGAGUUCAGGCAAGGUGGAGAGACGAGGUUCGAGCUUUAGUUGCACGCCGUAGUGCUUAGUUUGAUUUGUGGGAGGUCGGUGUGUUCAAUAACAAGCGGCGGAGAGGACAAGGCAGAGAGAAGGAGGUGGCGGCGACGGAGGUGGAGAGAUAAGUGUCAAUCUGUUGAGACUUGCUUGGGAAUUUGAGGAGGGAGGGGAGCUGGAAAGAAACAGGCAGCGAAAGGGAAAAGCAAAGAGCUGAGGCGUAAACAAAGUUUAAAGUGUACAAAGAUGUAAAACAAAAAAGUGCAACUUUGACUCGCAAUGUGAAAAUAAGGACUGAAUUUUUGUGUGGUGAGAAGUCUCAUGCUUUUAAACUGAACUGGUCUGUGGGGGGCGGGGAAGCACUACUCCCCAAAAUACUACACUCAGGUUAUUAAAAUUAUGUUACUAUGGAGACCAAAAGGAACAACUGGACCCUCGGUGACACAUUAUCCAAGCUUCACCCAGGUGGAAAAAUCUCUCGGGAUCCAAGUCCUAAGCCAGGCUCAACUGCUCAGUCAGAGCGAGAGAGACAAAGGAUCCCUGAGGAUGAAUGGAGGAGAGAAAGAGAAAUGGAGAAGAUGAGAGACAGAAUAAGAUACAAAGAAAAAGAUGUGUACCUACAAGAGAGAUGCGAUGAAAGAGACACAGUUUCUGCACCCAGGGCCAGACCAGAUGAAAGAGAAUGGAGGGAAAGAAAAAAGAGGCGUGAAGAGGACCGUAGCAAGAGUGGAGGGCUACUGUCAAAUGUAGAUAGGGAAACUGAAAGGGUGAUGAAGAAAGGUGACACAUUUCCCAGAAUAGCUAAACAUGUUGCUGACUGUGGCAGAAGAACAGCAGAGAUAGUUAAAGACAGAAUAGGAAACAGGCAGAUGGACAGAGGAGAAAGAAAGGAGAAGCGAGAAAGGGAGAGAGCAUGGCAGAGAGAGAGGUACAGAGAGACAGAAGACUUAAGACUCAGGGCGACUGAGGAGGGUAGACUCAGAGGAGAAGAAAAAGCACAACGAGAAAAAUAUAGAGAUUAUGAUGUUAGUUUUCAAGAGAGGAGGAGAGGAAGGCAUUUAGAAGUGGCUGAUAUACGGGACAUAAGAGAGAGAGAGAGAGAUGCACAUAGUACACAAGAAAAGGACAGGUCUUAUAUGAGAGCGAAGGGGCGUAGGACGCCGUCUCCAUAUCAAAGAAGAGACCAAGAGACCUGCUUGCAAACAAAAGACAGGAAAAAGGAGGGAAGGAGAGACACUAAGAGUGAAGGAGACAGUGAUGAGACAGAGUCACGAAAGGACAGGCUAAGAGACAGAGAGGAGUUGAUAUAUCAACACAGUAGAAGUGAGGGGGACAACAAGGGUAAACCAGCAAGGGAGAAGCAUCACGAGAGGCAGGGGUACAGAGAAGAAGAUAGAGUCAGACAGACAGGGCAAGAGUGGCACAGCAGAAAUGACAGGAAACUAGAGAAGGAAUUCAACAGGGAGGCAGAGAGAUGGAAGGAAAAUGCGAGUGACAGGAAGCGCUUUACCCAAGAUGACAGAACAAGGACAAAUGACAGGAGACAGGAUGACCGAUACAGAGAAAGGGAGUAUGAGGAGAGGAGAGCCAGAGAGAGGAAGGAGAGGGAGGUUGAUCCGGUAAGAAGGAGGGAAAUGUCUGCUAAAGUGGCACCGCAAUCUCAUAGUAGCGGAGAAUGGAGCAGUGAUAUGGACAGUGAUGCUCGAUAUAGAAGAGGGCGAGAUACUAAUGAAGAGGGCAUAGGUGAAAUAGAUGCAGAAGAAACGGGGAGUCAGGAGGGAAUAGCUAAAGGAAGAGAGAGGGAGCUGAAGGAAAGCAGAAGACGAGACAGAGAUGGUGCAGAGAGAACAGGGGGUGCACAGGAGCGCAGGAGGAUGUGGUUAGAACCACAGAGAGGCAACAAGAGUAAAGAGUCCCAUUUAGAGGAAGAAAGAGAGAGACAUUUAAGGCAGGAAGAAAGGAGGAAUGAACAAGAGAGGGAGGUGGAGUCACAGAUGGAGCAUGGUGUAAAAGAGGAAAAAGAUGAGAGGUGUUGGGACCAAAGGGAUGCCAGGGGAAGGCACACUGAUGAUAGAGAACACAGAAGAAACAUGGAACACAUGGAGAAAAGGGGAGCUGAAGAAAGGGAGAUAGAGGGAAUAAGUCUUGAUAAAGAGGAGGUGGGUGAGGUCUGGGGCGAGGGAGAUAAGGGUGGAGGAAAGGUGCAUCUUUCUAACAGUGAUGGAAGCAAUGAGGGAAGCCGGUUGAACGAAGUAGAGAGCGAGAACAUGACAGAUGACAUGGAGGAGAGUGACACAGAGGAAAGAGGCGGGAGCGAUUAUUACGCUCACUCCGAGAGUGAAGGAGGAAGUGAGAGAGGGUGGGUACAAGACUGGGACAAAAGACUGUCAGCAGAGGACGAAUUUGUGACUGUGUCUAGUGGGGGAGAGAGAGAAGAAGAAGAAUUUCAGGACUGUAGGGAAUUCUGGGAGGGUGGCAUUCCACCUGUUGACUUUGAAAGGUACGGGCAAGAGAAGGAGAGGGAAGAUGAAUGGAGAGUUGGUGAAGAGAUGGUUGAUGAAAAUGGAGAAGUACAGGAGAACGAGAAACAGCCAAAAUAUGUCUAUUGUGUGAUUGGGCAAACGUGGCCCCCGACUAAGAGGAGGGAAGCAUCUGGGAGUCAUCAGACAUGCAGAGAAGAACGUGAAUGCCUGAAUGUAGAAAGUCACGACCAUGAUAGUGAUGACAUCAUUCAGCAUACUGAGGAUGACCAGCAUCCGCGUCUCGGGAGAAAUGACGACUAUAUGAUCAGCAAUCGAGACAGGGAAGUCACGAGUGAAAGGAAUGAGAAUAACAUGCCGGAUGAAGACACAUUGAACAAGGACACUGAUGAAACCACUGAUGUGGAUGUCGGAUGCAGAGCAUCUACAGAAAGUAUGGGGAAAAAGGUGGAGCACCUGCAUGCUGAAAUGAAUACAGUAAAAAGAGACUCACAGACUGAAAAACUCCUCAUGGAAUGGAGAGAAAAAAAUAAAGAACAGACCGAAAGAGAGAAGGAGCAAGCUUCACAAAUCCCUGCUAUUCAUUCUGCUGGAAUUGAUGCACAGGGGACUUUUCAACAGACCACCUUAGCUGGUAUUAAUACUGGCUCAAUAAGUCUGGAAGAGGAAGAGGCCAGUCGGAUCCACGUGAGCCGAACCUGGAGCAUGUCAGAGGAGACAAAGCGGCGCUCCCAGGCUCCUCACCUUAAAUGGGCCAAAACUGUGGUGCGCCAGAUUCUUGGAACCUCAGAUGAACAGAGUAUUGAUGACCCAAACUCUGGGUCAGAGCAGGGGGAUAGCAGGUGUGAGUUAACAAUGGAGAAUGACAAACAAGGUGUGGACGUUGCACAAGAAACUGGAGAGGUGUUCAGUUGUGCCAAAGUGGAAGAGUUGCGAACCGAUGAACCUCAGUCAGAAGCAGAGUUGGAAGAGGAAGAGCCAUUGGAGUUGGAGGGAUUAAGAGGUACGGGGCAGAGCAAAACAAACAUCCAUACAGAGCAGUUCACAGCUGUGCAGAGUGACACAUACACAUACACUCAUGCUGAGACACUGUUAGACACAGAACAGAAGGAGGAUCACCAUCCAGCCACAGACACAAACACUCAGGUGGAGGUGACAGUUACAGAGGAGGCAGGUGAUGAGGUCAGUGUAACAGAAUUGGAUAACAAAGCCAAGAGUGGGAAGGAAAUGGAGAUGUAUCUGUCUGUGAGCAACACGCUGUACAAGCCCAACAGCUGUCCUAUUCUUAAUUACGAAUCUGAGCCAGACCUCUGGACCUCCUAUGUAGCAAGUGUAGAGCAGGAGGUGGAAGACCGAUCAGGAGAAAACGAAGAAGAAAGGCAGAUACAGCAAUCCCAGGAUGUGGGUGCUGCAGAAGAGGUGUGUGACGAGAGCCUGGGAGAAGGAAAUGUGGGGGAGGAGAUGGUAGAAAGCGUAGCAGGAGGAAUUCUGGCCAGCAGCAGUUUUCGAGAUUUGGGUCCUGACGCUCGAUUACGGAGAAGGGGGAUUCGCAAAACGACUGAGAGAAGAAAUGAAGACCUGGUAGAGGUGGAAGAGGAAGGUGUUGGAAGGGAUCGCAGACCCAGAAUAUUUUCUAUCACAGAUGAUGAAGAUAGUAAGAGUGAUAGCUGGGGAGAAGUCGACCUCAGGAAUGUUUUAGACACAAUAGGAAGACGGAAAAGGAACUCCAAGUUUUUCAACUUCGCCCAGCUCUACCAGCAGUACAGUGAGACGGUCCAGAACAUUGAGAUCUUGCAGCAGUCACGCUCCUGUGCUGUCUCUGUAAAUGAGAACACUGCACAGCUCCCGUCCACAUCUCCUUCAUCCUCGCCUUCUCCCUCACCGCGUCCCGCCUGCAGGCCUCUUCCCCCACUCCCUGAUGUCCCACACCCUCACUCCCUGUCAAAGACGGUCUCCGUUACCAGUGUCAAAAGUUUGCCACUCCCCGAACCUCCUAGGACUGAAGGCAGAGCCCAUUCACCACGUCUCUCCAUCUCGCUCACGCAGUCAGCCACGCUGUGGCGAGAACUGCCUGGAGUCAGAAACAGUGAGGAGAUAGACAUGCUGACGGAAGACCAGAGGCGCCUACAGGAGGUGAGGUUUGAGGUGGUGACGUCAGAGGCCUCCUACUGUAGGAGUUUAGACAUUGUUGUGGAACAUUUUGUCAAGUCCAAACAGCUGGGGGCGCUGCUGAGCACUCAAGAUAGGAACUGGCUGUUUUCCAGGCUGGCGGAUGUUCGAGCCAUCAGUCACAGUUUUCUGUCAAAGUUGGAGGAGCAGGUAGAGUCUGACAUACUGCAUUUUAGUGUGUGUGACAUAAUCGCUCGGCACUGUCAGCGCUUCAGAAUGGUCUACGUGCCUUACCUCACUAACCAGUCAUAUCAGGAUGCCACCUAUCAAAGACUCAUGAAUGAGAAUCCAGCAUUCAAACGAAUUGUGGAGAAAUUGGAGCGGAGUCCUCUUUGUCAGAGGCUUCCUCUUCGUUCCUUCCUCGUUCUCCCCUUCCAAAGGAUAACUAGAAUUAAGUUGCUGGUCCAGAACAUUGUGAAAAGGACAACUCCGGGCACAACGGAGGCCGCACAGGCCAUCAAAUCACUGAAACUGCUGGAGAAACUGAUUCAAGAGAGUAACAACAGCAUCACACAGAUGAAAAGUAUCGAGUCUCUGGUGUCUCUUAGUGCCAAGGUGGACUUUGAGUGCAGGACUCUUCCUCUGAUCAGUCAGGCUCGUCGGCUGGUGCGGGAAGGACCAGUCACUGAACUAAUGGAUUUCUCUCUAAAGGACACAGAGAGAAAUAUUUACUUGCACCUCUUCAAUGAUUACUUGCUGCUGUCACAACAGAAGGAAGGAGGAAGAUUCACAGUAAUAGAUCAUUGUCCUGUAUCAGACCUGCGUGCAGAGAAUUGUCGUGUCAAACUUUAUUCACUACAGGAGAACCUGUUCCGGCUGCACAUGACAAACAAAGCCCUGCUCCUGAGAACUGACACACAGAGUGAUAAGCUGCGGUGGAUAUCUGCCCUUUCCCGACCUCAUCCUGAAAUAGAUUUUUCUGCUGCACAAGAUUUCCCACAGAUGCAGUGUAUCAAGGCAUUUGUUGGACAGCAGCCUGAUGAGUUGACUUUGGACAAAGCGGAUAUCAUACUGGUGCAUCAACAAAGCAGUGACCACUGGGUAGAGGGGACCAGACUGUCUGAUCGGCAUCGUGGAUGGGUGCCCGAGUCCCAUUUAGAAACCAUAACUAACCCUAGAGUCCUGCAACGCAACCUAUCAGACGCCCAAAAAAUUAAAACAGCCACAGCUGCUGUCUGAGGCUGAUUGUGAGACAAAGUGAAUGGACACUCAUUAACUAAAAGGAGGCAAGACUUGAGUGAGACUGUUGUCUGCCUCAAGCACCUGCAGACUGAACAAUGGAUUUCUCGUUGGUCCAUGUGGAUAUCUGUCUCUGAACUGUUCACAAAAGUGUGCCACAACUAUGCUCUAAUGGUGCAACUAAAUAUAGCAUUUUUGCUUGUUUCAUCUGGCUGGUUUUGUCUGUGAAAGAUUCCAUGCCUCAGAGCAAAACAUAAGCUACUCUCCAGUGGCCCUGCCUGAGCUUUUCAACACUGUGUUACCAAACAAGUUUUUAUAAGCAUUACAAAUGUCUGUGCUGCUGAUACAGUAUGUCAGUGGACAAGUGUUUAAAAUGAUGCUCAAAGGGAUAUUUGUAUUAUCCAAGAAAAUCUAUUUUUGGAAAUUAACUUCUCUUGAUAAUUAACAGUCUUAUACUUUUGAUUGUGCUUUGCCUGCUGAAUAGCAAGCAAUGCAUGCAGGUGACCGAACAAAUGAUGUAAAAUGCACAGCUUCUCAAAUAUGUAUAGAACUUGAACUUCAAAGGUCAUGUUGCAUGCAGUGAGGACAUUUUGUUAAGUGUACAUUUGUGGAAUAAAAUCAUUUUUGAUUAUA